UCAGGAUCCAUCUCGAGGAGGAGGGUAGGCUCUGUCAGUGCGGGUUCUUUACAGCCCCUCGACACGGCCAGCAUCAGGAUGCCUUCCAAUCAACCCAAUGCGCUUGCGCUCAAAACGGCAUCUUUGUCCACCAGUAGAACUUUGUAUCAACAAUGUUCAUAUCUGAGAAAGCGUCUGCGAUGCGUUGAGGGAUUCAAGCCUUAUCUGGAACAACCACCUCAUGCAGAACAUCUCGAUGUUGUCACUCAAAUGUGUCACACCCUCCGAAUGGGUUCUCCCCUUGUCCACAUCUACAACCUCCUCAUCCCCGCUUUCUCCGACCCCUCUUCAGCCCUUUAUGCCGACUACCCGGCCCCUCCUCCCAUCCCAGUUACUUUCCCAGACUUUUAUUCUACUCCCGACGGCGUCAAGAACUGGGCCAAGAAACCAGAAAACGCCAAACAGUGUCAAAAGUAUAUAGCGGUAUUUUGCAUGGCUCUCAAACAACGUCGAGAAGAAGGCAGAUGGCAUCGAGAGAUGUGGGCGCUGCACGAGUUAUAUGGCAAAACGGCCAAUGCCGAUGGCCAAGACACAGAGGGAUUCGAUUCGACCGGAUUGAUGAAAGUCCUCGAGACCGUCGAAGAUAUGGUCGACAAUUUACCCGCUUCGGCUAUCAUCCCUGGAUCUCCCCAAACACCCUACACAGCGUCGUCAGGACUCGGCAACAUGUCAGGAUCCAUGCGUCUGUCCGCUUCCGCUAGACAAUCGUCUGAUUUCCCCUUCCCCAUGGGUGGCACAGGAACAGGUAGCAACACUAUCUCCAACAUGGCGGCCACGAUGAAUGGCGGUGUGCACAUCGCCGCGGACUCCUCGCCCACUGCGGAGAACAUGCAACGGGGUAUGUCUAGAUCGUCUGCGGAUGCAAAUGCGUUCAAGAGUGUUGAAGAGUUGGUCCAGAGUGAGAAGAGCUAUGUACAGGACAUCGAGAUUCUAGUCAGGUGUCAAAUGGAGAUGGUCCAAGCUCAACUCAUAUCACCGGAUACGGCUCAUCUCAUGUUUUCCAACAUCAGUAAAAUCCUUGACUUUCACCGCAAAUUCCUCAUUAAGCUCGAAACAGAGUACGCUCCCAUCGAGGAGAAGCAGGAUCAAUCUGCUUGGGCCGAGGGUAGAUGGGGUAUGCCGUUUGUGACCAGCGAAACCGAGUUUGAUUGUUAUGGUCCGUAUUGCGCCAAUUACCUUAGAGCGAUUACUCUGGUCAAUGAUCAGAUGCCAAACCUAAUGAGAGGAGAAACUUUGCCAGAAAGCCAACGACCAUGUCUUCAUCCUGAGAGAGAACUUCAGGCAUUCAUGAUCAAGCCCAUUCAACGAAUCACAAAAUACGGUCUUCUCUUAGAUGCCGUGCUAAAGUCUACAGCGAAGCACGAAUAUCCCUAUCGGUCAGAACUUGAAGAUGGAGCUGCUGCUGUUCGACGCAUUGCCGGUGGGAUAAACGACAUCACCGAUCAUGUUGCUAAACAAGCAACUGUCGCCGAGUUGAUCGAACGUGUGGAAGAUUGGAAAGGACACGAAUAUGAUAAAUUUGGUGAUUUGUAUCUCGACGAUCACUUCAGCGUCAUGAAAGCGGAACAACCUCGCGAGUACCAUGUGUUCUUAUUUGAACGUAUGUUGUUGUGUUGUAAAGAAGUGGCGCCGGAUAGGAAAGAAAAGAAGUCGAGUAAGAACGCUAGCAUGUUGAGGAAAGAUAAGACGGCCAGUAAAGUGGGAAUGUCUAGUAAAAGACCUUACAAUCUGAAAGGACGGAUAUUCGUUUCAAACAUCAAGCAUGUCAGCUUGGAACCGCCUCUGUCAUCAGAUCCUAAUAGUGGUUGGCGUGUUGCCAUCUCAUGGACUGUUCCCGCUCGGUCUCAAAAUGCUGGAUAUUACGAAAACGUCGAAGAUUCGUUUGUCAUGUCUGGCAAAAGUGAAGAGUAUAUGAGAAAAUGGGCCGACAAGAUCUGGGAAUUUGCAAAAAUUGAACGUAAACGAGCUGAAGAGAUCAAAUCCGAGAGACUAUCACUUCAAAGUCGAAAUUCCGGACAACGUUAUCUUCAAUCUUCAUUCGCACCACCUACGCCUGCUUCUGAACAACCUCCAUAUUCAUUCAACAUGCCAACUUCCUCUUAUCCUGAUGACGACGAAUCUACAACUGGAUUCCGAUCCGGUAGAUCAACACCAUCUCUCAACGCUGGAAGUGGAUAUCUUCCACCUGUUCCUAGUCGACGUGUUCAGAGUCAACAAGCUAUGCCUGCCGAUAGACAAGCGGAUCUUAGAGCCCGAGCAAUGACGGAAGAUCAAUUCGGUCCUUCCAUGUCACAAUGGCGUAAUCAACAAGCACCUAUGAUGCCACCUCCUCUACCUAGAAUGGGAUCUAAUAUGUCUGCCAUGUCCACAGCUUCAGAGGCUUCUUUCGGGGAAAGGUUACCGAGAGGUAUGAGACAAGCUUCAGCUUCUCGAUUAGGUCAAUUAGGUAUAGCAGAUGAGGAAGAAGAAGAAGAAGGAAAUGAUAUAAUUCCAAAUUCGAAUUAUUCAUAUAAUUCUCAUCCACCAACUGCCGGACCACCAUUUUCAGCAAGAGGGAUGAUGAUGUCAAGAGCUCCUUCUCAUAAUAGUUCAAUACCAACUUCUUCCGCGAUACAUCCACCACCAUUACGUUCAAGAUCAGCUUCAUCUCCACAAGUAUAUCAAAUAAGACCAAAACCUCAACCACCAUUACCUGUCCCUAAUAGUGGACAGGAUUGGCAAGAAACAAUGGAAGAGUUACCUAAUCCUGGUUUGGGUGGAGGAAUGUUAGGAACUAGUUCUUCUUCGACUUUAGUAGGUGGAACUGUUUACUUUACAAAGAGAAUGUCUGGAGGGAAAAGAAGUAGUGGAGAUAGUCAAAGUACGGAAGCUAGUACGGCUAGUAGUCAAAGUCCUGCUACACCAUAUGGAGUACAAGAAGGAAUGGUCAGAGGUGGUACGCCUGUUAGUAGACAACCUAGUGGGGAUGGAUUGGUGGUGGUUACUAUACAUUGUGGUUCUGAGAAACUACAAAUUCACAUUACUCGAGAUGUAUCCUAUUCCGACCUAGUCUCGAAAGUGUUGAAGAAAUGUCAACUUUGUGCC